CGUUAUUUUAGCAACGCUUUAUAGAUGCAUGCUUGUUGGAUUCUAGUACUGCUCUAUUAAAAUUCUGUUUUAUAACGUGUUGCUAGUAAAAUAACGCGCUAAGGCUGCCAUUGAAAUUCGUAAAUCGGAACGAGGAGACACAUAGGAUCGGUUUAUUCUUGAGCGAACAUGGAAUUGAUCGGAGGUCGAGAAGAGCAUUUUUGCACGGAUUGAAAAGUUUGAGUGCAAGAGAGAGGACAUAAAAUUGCGGCGCUAUCUUCGUGUCUAUGUUCGGUUGCACGAAUCGUUGUUUGUCAGGGAUUCAAAGCGUUAUGUUGUACCUCUUGUGUAUUAUAGUUCGUUUUUGCCCCAUGCAGCCUGUUAGAAUAGAGAAUCCUUAAAUCCACGUUCCUUUUCGUCUUUAAUGAUUCAUUGUGUAAAAAGUCACACAUAUUCCGAAUAUCUCUAUUUUUGAUUUACUUAGGCAUUUCUGUGUCACAUCCACCGACUAUCCCAAUCAGCCGUGUACUCAAAAGUAAUUCGAUAUCACCCAUCCACUACCUUCGAUUCGAAUCGUGAAGAUGCUUAUACACUUCUGAUUCGUGUCGAGGAGGAAUCGUCAGAUAGAUGAAUCCCAUCAUCCAUCUAGUAAAUAAUGCAUUAGGAAUUUUUCACCCAUACGGAGAGCGACUUCAGCAAAUAAUUCCCCAGCACCUCCAAGUAUUGUAAUACCUCCACAUCUAAUAAUAAUAUUAAGACUCUUGACGUGUUGUACUUGUACAGAAGAAAAAAUGGCACAGCUUCUCGAGCACUUCCGUGAUCGGCUUCCGUGCGGUGGGUGCAUCCGGGAAGACGGUUGUGUCGAAGAGGGUAAUUUGGCGCACCAAUUGCGUCAAAUUGAAAGACCAGAGAAUUUUCCUGUAGGCGUACGAGAUGAAGGUGAGACCGAGACACGAGGACUAGGACAGACAGGAGAAAGACAGCAAGGACGUCUUGGAGUUGAGGGGAACAGGGUGGUUACGUCAUCCUCAUCUUCGUCAUCUAGGACAACGGGCGGAGCAGGAGAAGCAGUAAGAAGAGGAGCGCCUUGUUGCACCACCAUAGACCGGAACGCAAACAAUAGUGGAGUAACAGGAAGAACUACUCCACCAGUAAGUGGUUCGGCUAGAAGUAGGUCGACAUCUGGUGGUGCAGCAGUUGCGCCCUCUAGUACUUCUCCGAGGGGAGUAGAACUACAACUGUCAAUGUUGAGACCUAGGACGCGCGAAGGAGCAUUCGAUUCUUGUGGCGUGUUCGGGUCAAGACCAAAGUGGAAAAAUGGUUAUGCGUACGAUUACCAACAUCAGAGAAGGAUAUCAUUAGGUACCGAAACCGAUUACGAAGCUAUAAAUGCGUCGCAGCAGCUGCAGGGAGAAGUACUCCCUCCUAGUAGAAGUACGACGCUUAACUCCACGUACAGCACGGAAACGACGGUAUCUUCGGAAUCGUCUUACAACAGCAUUAUGGAAGAAUGCUUUUCAUCUGAUUAAAGGGAACAAACUGAUACUAGGAAAAUUUCUAGUAUCAAGAUCUUUUUGCUCAAACCUCUUCAUGGUUGUUGAAGGUUUGUUUUGACUUAUGAUACAUCGAUUUCCCCCAUCCCCAUUGCCGCCUCUAAUUUCCCCAUCACCGCCUCUUGGUGGUCCUCUGGGAACGAGCGUUCACGUCGUCGUGGGGACAACAUAGAUGCCAUUCAUCAGCAGGUUUUCGACUCGGAUAUUGCCUUGUUGAUCCUUGAUUUUGUGCUAGUGCCGGACAACGUCGCUAGGCUGAGUCGAGUGAACAAGCGCUUUGCGUUCUUCUGCCGGAAACUAGUAGGUGGCCGCCUCCCGAUCCGACACUGCGAGUUCAAGGCGUGUCGGCGUGUCUUCGUCACCGAAAAACAUCAGUGGCAAUUAGAAGCCGCAUUCACUGCGUCUGCUGCGGGGAAGCAUUUACUAGACGAUAGCAACGGUAGUUUUGGCUUUGGUAGUGCUCAUCAAGUAGUAGAAGAUGUAGAUUUUUCUUCUAGAAGUACUUCUGUUGCCGUUCUUCCAGUAGGGCUAUGGUCUCAAUCAGUUCCUUCUUCACCAACUGCGGGAGAGCGAGCAACUGGGAGACCACUACUGUCGUUAAAAGGAUGUGGAGGUGCUCAAGUCCAGAUCCUCUCGUACGUACCCGAUGCGCAAGUGAAAGCGAUCUGCAAAAACAGAAGGAGAAUGCAAAUGCGAGCCAUGAAAAAGAAGAAGAACCAGGAACAACUAUUGAGUACUAAUGUUGGUAGACGUUGUUCUGUAGGAGGAACACACGGAGCAGUUGCAAGAACAUCAUCAGCCAACCACAAGAGCACAACUAGAGACCGUGCUUUCUCUUUGUCUUCGAUGAGCACUUCGAUGAGCACUUCAGCGGCUUCGCCGGGAUCUCUACAAACGAGCUUGAUCAGCGAUGAAGGGGUUCCUCUAGAGCUUUGCGGACUAGAUGAAGAUGGUGAACACGAGAGUCAGGGUUGUAGAGAUCAUAGUACUGGUUCAACAUCUACAUUAUUCUAUCAGCCAGACCUCCAAGAACACGACCAAGGUGUUGAACGACAACGAUCACAUCAAGAUCAUGGUGAAGAAAAUCAACAGAUGACAGACGCUCACGGUGCUCAGCGGGACCCUCUCACCUUGUUCCAAUCGCCCUCUAGAACUGCGGGUAUCUCAUCGAGGAUUCAUAACCUUUUUACUACGACCGCAGCCAACCACAACGGAUCCGAUUCAGAAGCAGAAAGACACCAGAGAGACUUUGAAGAGGCUGAAAACGUCAUCCUCAAAGGAAGAAUCAUCCUGCAGCACAAGCUACCGAUGAAUUCCACCUUCAUUCCCAUAGGACGGUUCGAGAACCACGUUUGCUAUCGGACGUUUUUGUUUGUCCUGUUGGAUGAGGAAGAGCCGGAAGAAGGGGAACAUGACGACCCUGAACUUCAAGUUGUAGAUGAAAGAGAUCAAGGGAUUUAUUCCGCUUCUUCUGCCUUUCUUCCGAUUUUUUCUCCUCCAGUAUCAUCUUCGAACAACAAGAUCAGGAGAAUAGUCCUACUUUCCAUGGAUCAGAUGGAAUCGCUGGCGUCUCGCAGAGUUUUCGCAUGUCUAACACCACGCCCCGAAGCCAUGGUCGACUUGGGCGUAGCGACUCCGAUGCAUCGGUACUAA